GAUUGGAGCGAGCACAGGCCAGGUUGAGAAGGACACAGGUCGCUACAACACGGAGCUCCGUUCAUUUCCCGGGCCUCUCCUGGCCUAGGAGUGCGUCCAUGAUCUUUCCUGUUCUGCCCUCAAUCUCGGUGUGAGUCCUAUCUGGAUAGACAUUGCCGAACCUGUGAGAAAUGCCACUGCCACUACCGUCCCGAACCUCCAAACCUGAGACUAAGAAAUCGCAGUCUAGCAAAAUUGUGCCCAGUGAUCAUGGCCAAUCUGAAAAGGAGGGGGAGAAUUACCAAGCAAAGAUCUCUUCAUCUUCACCUAAGAGACAAAGCAAAAAGAGAUCAGCUUUUGAAGAUCUCACCAAUGCUUCUCAAACUCAACCUGCCCAGCUCAAGAAAGAAGCCAAUAAGGAGCUUGUUAAAGAUGUUUCCAAGAAGAUAAAAGGGAGCACAUCUGCUCUUGGAUUGGCCAAAACCAAUGAGAUGAAUAUGGAAAGUUAUAAGCUGGAACCCUCCCCAGUAGUAGUCUCUACUACCUUGGUACCAAAUAUUAUGGAGAAACCACACAUUCUGGAGAUAUCUACCAUCUCUAAAACAACCACUACUGAGGAGGUAUCAUUUUUCAAAAAACCAUUAAUUUUAAAAGAGGAACUCACUACUGAGGACACAAGCCUUUUCAAGAGGUCAUUAUCUUUAAAGAAGUCCACAAAUCAGGGGGAGGUAUCCCUCAUGGAGAAGCCACCAUCCUUACAGGAGGAGGCUGACAGCAAUGAUGAGUUUGUUGUAGAGCCAAUGACUUUUGGGAAGAAGCAUAAAACUGAGAAGGCAGCCAUCACCAAAGGAACAUUAUCCUUAAAGAAGAUGUGCACAUAUCAGGGGGACUUGGCUUUGCAGGACAUCACUGUUGAAGAGGAUUCCUUCUUAAUGGAGCCAACAAACUUUAGCAAGAAGCCUAAAACAGAGGAGGCAGCCCCCACCAAGAAAGUGUUAUCUUUAAAGAAGAAGAAGUAUACCACUCAGGGAAAGGUGUCCCAUGUGAAGAAACCACUAGGAUUGCAGAAGACCACCUCUGAAGAGGAGUCCCUCAUUAAGGAGCCACUGGCUUUCAAGAAGAAACCUACUAGCAAGGAGGCAACCUUCACCUUGAGGCCAUUAUCUUUAAAGAAGAAGUGUACUACUAAAGGGAAGCUAGCUGACUUGAAAAAGCCAUUAGAAUUGCAGAAGGCCACCUCUGGAGAGAAGGCACUCAUUAAGGAGCCAUUGUCUUUUAAAAAGAAGCCUACCUCUAAGGAGGAGUCUCUCUUCCAGGAGCCAUCUGCAUUGCAAGAGAAGCACACCACUGUUGGGGAGGUGGUCCUCUUGAAGAAGCCACAGGCAUUGCAGGAGGAGAAUGAUAGUAAGGAUAAAUUUCUUAUGGAGCCAAUGUCCCUUAGGAAGAAACGUACUACCAAGGAGACAGACCCCACCAAGAAGCCAUUACCUGUAAAGAAGAAGAGUACCAUUCAGGGGAAGAUGUACCACUUGAAGAUGCCACUAGUAUUGCAUAAGACCACCUCUGGAGAGAAGUCAUUCGUUAAGGAGCCAUGGUCCUCUAAGAAGGACACCACUGAGGAGUCCCUUUUCCAUGAGCCAUCCAUGUUGCAAGAGAAGCACACCACUCAGGAGGAGGUGUCCAUCUUGAAGGCCUUCACCUUUCAAAAGACUCUAACUGAGAAGGAGUCACUUUUAAAGGAACCUUUGGCUUUUAAGAAGAAACGUACCAUUGAGGAGGCAACCCCCACCAAGAAGCUAUUAUCUUUAAAGAAGAAAAAGUGUACUAGUCAGGGUGAGGUGUCCUGCUUGCAGAAGCCACUAGAAUUGCAGGCCACCGCUGGAGAGAAGUCACUCAUUGAGGAGGCAUUGUCCUUUGAAAAUAAGUCUACCACUGAGGAGGAAUCUCUCUUCAAGGAAUCACCUGUGUUGCAAGAGAAGCAUACCACACAGGGGGAAGUGGCUCUUUUGAAGAAUCCACGGGCGUUGCAGGAGAAUGUCGAUGGUGAAGAUGAAUUUCUUAUAGAACCAGUUCCCUUUAGGAAGGAGGAUACCACAGAUGAGGCAGUCUCUACCAAGGAGCCUUUAUCUUUAAAGAAGAAAAAGUGUUCCAUUCAAAUAAUGAUGUCCAUCUGCCAAGAACUGUUGGACUUGCAGAAUAUGAUUAGUAAAGAUAAGGAUUCCUUCCUUAUGGAGCCAGGGUCACUUAGGAAGAAGUGUUCAACUGAGGAGGUAGUCCUUACCAAGACACCGUUAUCUUUAAAGAAAAAGCAAAUCACUCAGAAGAAGAUGUUCCUCUUAAAGAAUCCACUGGUCUCAGAGAAGACCACCCCUGAAGAAGAGUCAUUCUUUAAGAAUUUAUUGCCCUUAAAUAAAAAGUCUGUAACUGAAGGGGAUAUCCUCUUCCAGGAUCCAUCUGUACUGAAAGAGAAGCACACCACUCUGCAGGAGAUGUCCCUCUCAACUAAGUCAUUGGCCUUGCCAGAAAAGACCACCACUGAAGAAGAAUCAUAUCGUAAGGAACCAUUGACCUUAGAGGAGAAGCCUACUACUGAGGAGGAAUUCCUUCCUCAGGAGCCAUUUUCAUUGCAUGUUAAACCUACCAACAAAGAUGAGUUCCUCUUCUGGAAGGCUUUGGGCUUGCAGAAGAAGACUGAUACCAAAGAGGAGUCCUUGAAGAAGCUGUUGGCUUUGCAGGAGAAAAGCACUACUGAAGAGGAAUCCCUUUUAAAUAAACCAUUGGUUCUGAAGGAGGAGCUCUCCACUGAGGUGGCAACAAGCAUUGAGAAGCAAUUAUCUUUAAAGAAGAAACCCACUGCUCAGGGGGAGGUAUUUGUCUUGAAGAAGCAUUUGGCCUUGCAAGAGAAUAUCACCAAUGAAGAGUCUUUUAUUAAGCAACCAUUGGCUUUUCAGAAGACCAGCAUUGAGGAGACCAUCCCAAGGGAGUCCUUGGCCUUGCAGGAGAAUCCCACAGUUGAGGAAGAAGCUACCCUGAGUGGGCCCUUGGCCUUGCAGGAGAAGCCCAGCAGUGAGAAGGAGACCCUCUUCCAGGAGCCAUUGUCCCCUCAGGAGAAACCUACCCUCAAUGAGAUGUUCCCUGUCAAAGAGACAUUUGCCUUGAAUGAGAAACCCACCACUGGGAAGGAGUUGUCCCUGAAGGAGCCAUUGGCCUUGCAAGAGAAUCCCACCCAAAAGGAACAUAAGUCUCUCAAAGAUUUCUUCAUCCUCCAAGUUGAAAACAGCUCACAUGUGUCCAGCACUGCCCCCAAAUCCAGAAUAGGCAUGUCCAGUGUGGGCGAGUUCAAUACCACAAGCGAGUCCAGUGUUUGUGAAUCCAGUUCCGAUAAACCUUCCUCAUCUUGGGGCAAGAGGUCACAGAAGGAGCAGAUAAUCCCAUUGGAGGAUAUUGACAAGAACCACAGUGAUCCAUUUUUCAACCCAAUAUAUGCCAAGGAUAUCUUCAGUUACAUGAAGGAGAGAGAGGAAAAGUUCAUACUUAAAAAAUACAUGAACAGGCAGACUGACAUCAGCAGUUGCAUGAGGGCCAUUCUUGUGGACUGGUUGGUAGAGGUGCAGAUGACCUUUGAGAUGAGUCACGAUACCCUGUACUUGGCAGUGAAACUGGUGGAUCACUACCUUAUGGAGGUAGUAUGCAAGAGGGACAAGCUACAACUCCUUGGUUGCACUGCGUUUCUGAUUGCAGCAAAAUUUGAGGAGCCCUGCCCACCUUGUGUGGAUGACUUCCUAUACAUCUGUGAUGAUAUUUAUCAGCGAGAUGAGAUGCUCACCAUGGAAAUCAGCAUCUUGCAAACUCUCAAAUUUGAUAUCAACAUUCCCAUCGCCUAUCAUUUCCUGCGCAGAUAUGCUAUGUGUCUCUGUGCCAGCAUGAAGACACUGACUUUGUCCCGCUUCAUCUGUGAGAUGACUCUGCAGGAAUACGACUAUGUCCAGGAGAGGGCUUCCAAGCUAGCUGCCGGCUCCUUCCUCCUGGCCCUGUAUAUGAAGAAGCUCGGACAUUGGGCUCCUGCUCUGGAGUAUUACAGUGGCUACAAGACCUCUGAUCUUCACCCCCUGGUCAAGCAGCUGAACACCCUGCUGACAUUGCGUCCUUGCAACAAGCUCAAGACUGUGCAUUCCAAGUAUUCUCACCAGGUCUUCUUUGAAGUCACUGAAAUCCCCCCCUUGGAUGUGUUGAAGAUAGAGGAGAUUUUGAACUACGGCUAAGUCUGAGGCUAAGGAGUUGGCACACUGGCGGUGGCCACCAGGGCCAGGCAGCCAUUGAAAUAAGCUGUUAUUUAUUCUGUCUUUGAAUUUGUCUUUUGAUCAUUUUUCUUUGUUUUUUACUCUUUUGUUUGUCUUUUCUCAAAUUGAUAGUGUUGUAAAUACUUAACUUCUUAUGAAAGAAAUUAUAGUAUUUGAUUAGAAAUUUAAUAAAAAAUUAAUGUUUGUUGUUAAAAGGGCUCACGUCCCCUUUUAUUGCUCAGGACCCCCAUGGAUAGCCCAGUUUUUCCCUGUGCCUCAAGGAUCUAAGUUAUCCAGUUUCCUUUUCUAGUUGGAGACUUUCUCUUCACGGGAAGAAGAAUUGAUUUAUGGUGUGUAUUGAAGGGUGAGUCUGCACAAGGAGGAUCCUUGAGGAGUUGGUGCCCAGUUCAAAGAGAGCCCUACCAGACAGACAAGCCUUAGUGUUCAGAUCUGGGGCAGCUGGGAGUGUGGACCAAUAUGCUUUGGUCCCUAUUUCAGGUUGCUUGCUUUCUUUGUUUCUUCCUGGGUGACAAAAAGAUGGGGAAUUAGGAUUUUAACCCCUAUAUAGCCCUACUUUAAUAGUUAAGCAGCUUUCUAGAGUCUCAAUUUGAAAGGCUGCUUGGAGUGGCAUGCCAGAAUCUCUUUUGGACCUCAUCUUCUGUCAAGAGGAGAAAUUUCCACCUGUGAAAUCAGUGAGAUGUCCCAUGAAUGCAGGCAUCAACCAUUUGCCCAGGUUCAUUCAUAAAGCCUUAAGGAGGUUCUACUCUCUCUCUCCCUAUCCUACCUUUGGGGUGAUGGGUACUGGUACAGCUAUCUUAGUUGUUACCAGAGGAGCUGAAUUUACUCUAUGCCAGUUGAUGAAGAGCCACUACCUCAAUCCUGCCUCUGAGACCUCCACGACAUCCCCACAAUCUAGCAACUGCAGUAAGUAAUGUCUGUCGCAGCAGAAGACCUCUAGGACUCUAUGCUAGUUCUGGGACUGGCAGCUGUUGUGAUUGGUCUGUGCUGAUUGGUAACUACUUGUCAAAUGUUUUGAACAUCAGUCCUGAGGGUGGAAAUGUGGAGGGGACAAUCGAUGGAGAACUCUUGGGGAAAAUACCUCCCCAGUUCUGGCCCCAGUUUCCCCAUGCUAGUCUGGUCACAUCACCUCUUAUGGUUGGGGACAGGAGGGAGAGAACUCUGAGCCCUUAGAUGUCUUAGUGCUUUCUUUCUCUCUGUGUCAGUUUCCCAUUUCCCUUCCAAACUUGCUUUGCCUUGGUGACCAGACAUCACUGGGUUCCCUCCUGCCCCAUUCCAUUACUUUGCAGGGUGACUAAAGGGUACAGCCAGAGGUCUAAAUUGCUUGGCAGUGAUUCAGCUUGCGUAGCUAACUUUGCGUAAACAUGUUGAAAGCACUAGGCUGGAAUCCCUCUUGCAAAUUCCAGCUUCACUGAAAGGAAAUAUCUUAUACUUGCUUUUUAAUUCUGGAGCUUCAUCAGAGGGAAAAAAUGAACUGAUUUG